AUGCCCUGUGGCAGCCUUCUGGGCCCAGGGCCCUCUCUAGUGCGGCUUCGGCCAGCAGCAGCAGCAGCGGCAGCAGCAGCAGCAAAACUUGCAGCCACGCCUUCCCGCCGGCUGCUGUCCUCAUCCAGCGCAGCAGCAGCAGCAGCAGCAACAGCAGAAGCAGCAAGAGCUCAGCCCUCGCCGAGGGGGCCCAGGGGUUCUACGGAAGGAAAGUUUCAGCAGCAGCAACAGCAUCAGCAACAGCAGCAGGACUGGCAGCAGCAGCAGCAACUGCAGCGGCAACUGCAGCAGCAGGCGCAACAGCAGCAGCAGCAAGGCUAUGACGCCUUUCUGCCUGCAGAUGACCCUUGGUACGGCUCACCCUCCGAACCGCUGUCUCCUCCUCCUCCACAGCAGCAGCAGCAGCAGCAGCAGCAGCAAUGGCGUCCUUCUGCAGCAACAGCAGCAGCUGGAGGCGCAGGCGCCAGCUUACGGCCUGUAAAUUGGAGCCAAAUGAAUCUCCCUCCGAUUCACCCUGUUGCUGCACCAGCAGCAGCAGCAGCAGCAACAGCAGCAGCAGCAGCAGCAGGUGGAGGCUCAACAACAUCCGGAGAAGGCGGUGCUGCUGCUGCUACUGCAGCAUCAGCAGCAGCAGCAGCAGCACCAGAUUCGCUGGAACGGUUAGGAAUAAAGUUGGAGGGCCGGGAGCCUCUACCGGCUUUGCUGCCGUGCAUAGCAGCAGCAAAUCUGUCUCCUUUGCUGCAGCAAGCGUUAAGAGAUUUGUCUUUCACUUCUUUGUUCCCCGUGCAGCAAAUUGGGUGGCCCUGCUGCUUCUCAGGCAGAGAUCUAAUUGCUAUAGCCCAGACAGGCAGCGGCAAGACAAUAGGUUUUCUUAUACCUGCUAUCAUGCACCUCCUCAAGCAGCAGCAGCAGCAGCAGCAGCAGCAGCAGAAUGGAGGAAGCAGCAGCAGCAGCAGCAGCAGCAGCAGCAGCGGGACUGCACCCACUGUUCUUAUUCUCGGACCCACAAGGGAGCUUGUGCUGCAGAUACACUCCGAGUGCCAGCGUAUUCUCAAAGCAACAGCAACAGCAGCAGCAGCAGCAGCAGCGGCGGCAACAGGAACAGCAGCAGCACCAACAGCAAAACCAGCAGGUGCUGCUCUCGCCCGCAGCGUUGCUGUUUAUGGAGGGGCUUCGCGGCAGCAGCAAAUUUUGCUGCUGCGCGCUGGAUGUGACAUCGCUGUCUGUACACCUGGAAGACUGUUAGAUCUGCUGGAUGCGUCUGCUGCUGAUUUGUCAAACGUCUCUUUUGUUGUACUCGAUGAAGCAGACAGAAUGAUGGAUAUGGGGUUCGAACCGCAGAUUCGCAAAGUCUUAAGUCAAAUUCGGCCUGACCGCCAACUUGUCCUUUGGUCUGCCACUUGGCCAAAUGAAGUGCAGGCAUUGGCUCGUGAUUUUUGUCGUGAAGAUUUUAUUAAAGUGCAAAUUGGUGGCGGCGAUCUCCGGGCUAAUCCAAACAUAAAGCAGGUGGUUGAGGUGAUUCCUUCUCGCUCUCUGCAUACGCGCUGUUUAGAGCUGCUGCAGCAGCAGCAGCAGCAGCAGCAAAAGUCAAUCGUCUUCUGCCAAACAAAACGACUAACUGAACAACUCGCUCGAGAACUUCGAUAUGGAGGCAUCAAAGCAGCAGCACUUCACGGAGACAAAACACAAAAAGAAAGGGCCAGGUAA